UAUGUCAGGCUUCUUCAAGGCUGCACAGGGAGACCUCUCAUGUCUACAGUGCCCCAUCAACAGCCGGACCACCAGCGAAGGAGCAACUAACUGUGUGUGUCGAAGGGGAUACUACCGCACCGACUCCGACCCUCAACAGAUGCCCUGCACAACUGUUCCAUCAGCUCCACAAAACGUGAUCUCCAUAGUGAAUGAGACCUCUUUGAGGCUGGAGUGGAGCCCCCCCCAGGAGGGCGGUGGCCGAGCAGAUGUUGUCUACAACAUAAUAUGUAAGAGUUGUGGCAGUGGGCGGGGGGGCUGCACCCGCUGUGGAGACAAUGUGCAGUUUGUCCCACGUCAGCUGGGUCUGACGGACAGCCGCGUCCACAUCAGCGACCUCCUGGCCCACACCCAGUACACCUUCGAAAUACAGACUGUUAAUGGCGUGUCGGACCAGAGCCUGUACUCCCCCCAGCACACGUCCGUCAACAUCACCACCAACCAGGCUGCCCCAUCGGCAGUGUCCAUCAUCCACCAGGUCAGCAGAGCACCGGACAGCAUCACCCUGUCCUGGUCCCAGCCGGACCAGCCCAACGGAGUGAUCCUGGACUAUGAAUUGCAAUACUAUGAGAAGAACCAGGCAGAGUUGAACUCCUCUCUGACGAGGAGUCAGACCAACACUGCAGUCGUACGGAGCUUGAAAGCUGGAACUAUCUACGUGUUUCAGGUUAGGGCCCGGACUGUCGCUGGAUUUGGUAGUUUUAGUGGCAAAAUGUACUUCCAAACCAUGACUGAAGAGGAAUAUAACACCAGUAUCCAGGAGAAGCUCCCCCUCAUCAUCGGUUCUGCUGCUGCAGGGGUCAUCUUCAUCAUUGCCAUCACUGUCUUCAUAAUUGUCUGCCGCAG